AAGUUCUGGAGGCAUUCCGGAAGUAGUGCUGCGAGGGCCGCCGGCCGGCGGUCCGUGAGGGGGCCGAGCGGAGAGGAGGCGGAGAAGGAGCCUGGGCUCGGGGCCGGCCCCGGCCCCCACCCCGCAGCCGCCAUGGGGAAGCGGCAGCACCAGAAGGAUAAGAUGUACAUAACGUGCGCCGAGUACACGCACUUCUACGGCGGCAAGAAGCCGGAUCUCCCACAGGCAAAUUUCCGUCGCUUACCUUUCGAUCACUGCAGCUUGUCUCUGCAGCCGUUCGAGUAUCCGGUGUGCACGCCCGACGGAGUCGUCUUUGACUUACUGAAUAUCGUGCCUUGGAUAAAGAAGUAUGGGACCAACCCCAGCAGCGGGGAGAAGCUGGAUGCCAAGUCUCUGAUCAAGCUGAACUUCAGCAAGAAUAAUGAAGGUAAAUACCACUGUCCGGUGCUGUUCACCGUCUUCACCAACAACUCCCACAUCGUGGCGAUCAAGCCCACUGGCAACGUGUAUGCGUACGAGGCCGUGGAGCAGCUGAACAUCAAGACCAAGAACUUCAAAGACCUGCUGACGGACGAGCCCUUUACCCGCCAGGAUAUCCUGACGCUGCAGGAUCCCACGAACCUGGACAAGUUUAAUGUGGCCAAUUUCUAUCACGUUAAGAACAACCUGAGGGUCCUGGACCCAGAUGAAGAGAAAGCCCGGCAGGACCCCACAUAUUAUUUGAAAAACACCAACACUGAGACCCGAGAGACCCUGCAGGAACUUUACAAAGACUUCAAAGGGGACGAGAUCCUGGCCGCAACGAUGAGGGCUCCGGAGAAGAAGAAGGUGGACAAGCUGAAUGCGGCUCAUUAUUCCACUGGGAAGGUCAGUGCCUCCUUCACAUCCACAGCCAUGGUGCCCGAAACGACCCAUGAAGCAGCCGCCAUCGAUGACGACGUUGUUCGCUAUCGGUUUGUGAAGAAGAAGGGUUAUGUCCGGCUGCAUACCAACAAGGGGGACCUCAACCUGGAGCUGCACUGUGACAUGACACCAAAAACAUGUGAAAAUUUCAUCAAACUCUGCAAAAAGAAUUAUUACAACGGGACGAUCUUCCACAGGUCUAUUCGAAACUUUGUGAUCCAGGGAGGGGACCCGACUGGCACAGGGACAGGGGGAGAGUCCUACUGGGGGAAGCCCUUUAAGGACGAGUUCCGGCCCAACCUGUCGCACACGGGCCGAGGCAUCCUCAGCAUGGCCAACUCUGGGCCCAACUGCAACAAGUCCCAGUUUUUUAUCACUUUUCGGUCCUGCGCUUACUUGGACAAGAAGCACACCAUCUUUGGAAGAGUUGUUGGUGGCUUUGACACCCUCACAGCCUUGGAGAAUGUAGAGAGUGACCCCAAAACUGACCGACCCAAGGAGGAGAUUCGAAUCGAAUCUGCCACGGUCUUUGUGGAUCCCUACGAGGAGGCGGAUGCUCAGGUGGCUUUGGAACGGGAGAAGACCAGGCUGGAGGAGGAGGCCCCCAAGGUGAAGGCUGCGGUGGCCCCGUCAAAGCCGGACACUUCUGGACCUCGGGCUUACCGUCAGGGAGUGGGCAAAUACAUCUCCCCCGAAGCCACGAAGCGAGCUGCAGAAGAGCCCUCCACCAGUGCCGCCGGAGCCGUCAAAAAGAAGCCCAGUCGGGGCUUUGGGGACUUCAGCUCCUGGUGACGCCUCGGCCCGGGUGCCCGCCGCAGCUGGCGCUUCAGACCCAGCACGUGCCUUGGCUUGCGGGGGGGAUUAGGGAACAGUCUUUG